AGUUAUUCAUAAAGCCUGUUUGUUUCUGCCAUCAUUCGCAAACAUCACUUAACAAUAUACUAACAACACACAGAAUCACAGUGAUCUCCAAUCAGAAAUUUCGUUGUUACCAGCAUGUUGAUAUAAGUGGAUGCAUAUUUAGACAGAAAGACAUCGUCAACGUUUUCGCGUCUUCUUCUGACAUUCACUGCAAUGAAGCUGAUCAUAUUUCUCAUCUGUUUAUAUCAAGUUAAUUCUGAGAUUGUCAAGAUUCCUUUGCAUCCGGUGACUGGAAUCAGUUCAAUGCUGACUCCAUAUCGAAAACUGUUCAGGUUAUUACAACGAAGUUGGAUGAAUUUAUUGAAUGUCGCAGAUACACCAACAUCAGAACCGCUGUAUAAUUAUGGCAAUAUUCAGUACUACGGGGAAGUGCUUGUGGGAACGCCACCACAAAAGUUUCGUGUACUCUUCGACACAGGAUCAACCGACACCUGGCUACCGUCAAGAAAAUGUUGGUUUCUUGAUAUUCCAUGUUGGUUCAUUCGAUUCUACGACAGUUCAAAAUCAUCCACCUACCAGUCGAAUGGUACCAAAUUUAAUAUCAGUUAUCUCAAAGGUAGUUACUCUGGAUUUUGGAGUAUGGAUACAAUGCAGAUAAGCUCCUUAGUCAUUCGCAAUCAGGCGUUUGGUGAAGUGACAAAUGUGUUUUCCGACGAUUUCUUUGGUAGUAAGUAUGAUGGAAUCGUUGGUUUGUCAAGGAGAAAUGUGUCAAGAUAUGGGAACACUCCAUUCUUCCCGAAUUUACUCUCUCAAUCAUGGAAUAUGGAUCCAGUAUUUUCGUUCUAUUUGAGUCGGAAGAAUGGUCAUGUCGGUGGAGAGUUGGUGAUUGGUGGUGUCAAUCCUGAAUAUUUUAUCGGAGAUUUCGAAAACUUGCCUGUCAUUUCUCAUAACCGUUGGUCUGUUGUAAUCAAAAGCAUGAAGAUAGCUGGAGUAGACUUUUGCCUUGGAACAUGUAUUGGUAUUAUAGAUACUGGAACGUCUUUGAUACUGGGACAUAGUAGAGUGGUGGAUUUGAUGAAUGAUAAUCUUGGUGCCAGAUGGAGUGGUGAAGGAGAGUAUUCACUCGACUGUAAUUACAUUCACAUGCUUCCCUCAAUUUCGCUUGUCUUCAGGAAGAGGACUUAUGUAUUUACCCCGAAGGAUUACGUGCUUAAGGUGGACAGCUGGCCGUUUACAGACUGUACAUCACCUUUUGCUAGCAAUGAUAAAUUAUCCCCUGGAUAUUGGGUUCUUGGAAAUGUGUUCAUGAGCAAGUUUUAUACUGUAUUCGAUUUCGUGAAUGGAAAACGAAAUGAUACCGUUUGGACUAAAAACUGGCAAUUUAAUGCUAUUAGUUUUAUCAAAGAAUUAUUAUACCAUAAUUUACAGUAUCUCGGAUUAUUAUGGAGUAAAUUAAUCAUCUGUCUUCAGCAUAAAGUAAUUCCUAAUUUGUAAUAGGAUGGAGUCGUUUAUAUCCGUCAGACACACAGACCUGGCCAAAUGUAGAUCACUUGACCCAAAUAAAAUAAGAAGUCUAAUUAAUAGCACAACUGUAGCACUACAUGCAGUUACACACAGCCACAAAACAGGAUGGGAUUAGACGGAAGACCUUAAAUCGAAUAUCAAAGGGUGGAUGCGUAGAUUGAUAGCUCCAGAUUUAUUUAUCGAAGCAACUGAGAAUACAUGAGCUGGGAUUGGUUCAACACACGUCCCAAAUAUCUUGGAUGUUCUACUGCUCCCACAACAAAUGAGGAGAAGGGAGAAGUGAAGGAGAACCGUAGAAGUCAAGAUUCAAAGUUGUGUGGUCCCAAUCGAGAAAUUCUACUAUUUCACAGUGGGAUAUAUUCAAUAAUUAAAUUAUUGUAGAA